UUGGCUAAACCUGCUUGACCAGGUAGAUGGGAAACAUGACGUAAGGUAUGUGAUUUCCGGGCCUCACUACCUUAUGUAAAUAAGCAGAGGUGGGGAAUGUGUGUCUGGGACCUGGUUUCAUUUUCACUCGGCUGCAGAAGGAAAAUCAAACAGAGCAGUGUGUAGGGUACACAGUGAGGGGUACACAGUGAGGGGUACACAGUGAGGGAUACACAGCGGUGGGGUACAGUGUAUACAGCAGUGUGAGGGCGAACCGUGUAAAGAGCAGGGUGUGGGGUACACAGUGUGAGGCGUACAUGGUGUGGGGUACACGGUGAGGGGUACGUGAUGUGUGGGGUACGCAGUGAGGAGUACACGGUGUGAGGCUAACUAUAGGGUGUGGGGUGCCCAGUGUGUGGGGUACGGUGUACAGAGCACAGUGUGGGUACUGGACACAGCGCAAAGCACCGGUUUCCUCCCCAGACAACAGGAGGAUGGGCUCAGCUGCCAACCUCCAAUAUUACAUCCUCAAGCUGACUCUGGUGGUCUCGGCCACACUGUUCUGGCUGGUGGGGCUGGCCAUUGUGUGCGUGGGCACCUACGCCGAGGUGGAGAGACAGCGUAACAAGACUCUGGGGGGCUUGUUCGUGGCCCCGGCGGUGGUCCUACUCCUCCUGGGGUCCCUCAUCUUCUCCGUGGCGUUCGUGGGGAUGGUGGGGGCCCUGAGAGACAACAAGCGGCUGCUCAGAGUGUUCCAAUGGAUUCUUUUCACCGUCUUGUGUCUCCAGUUGACUUUCAUCGUGGUGUUCGUGCUCUGCAGGAACAAGGUCCUCGGGAUAUUCAAGGCUAACGUGCAGGAGGGGAUCAGACAUUACUACGAUGAUCUGGAUUUCAAAAACAUUCUGGACAAAAUCCAGGUCAAGUUUGCGUGUUGUGGGGGCGACGAGUACAUGGACUGGGAGGCCAAUCAGUACCACGCAUGUCAGGCCCCGGGUCCCUCUGCAUGUGGCGUGCCUUACACAUGCUGUGUGCGGGAGCAGGAGGGCGAUGUGAUCAACACUCAGUGUGGCUAUCAGGCGCUCCGGCUGGAGCGAGUGGAGACCGAUGGCUAUAUCUACGCUCGAGGCUGUGUUGACGCUAUUUCGCUGUGGUUCGAAGACAAUCUCAGCGUCAUGGUGGGCAUUCUGGUGGCCAUGCUCCUCCCCCAGCUGGUGGGAAGUGUUCUGACCUGGAGUUACCUGAAGACCCUGCCAGGGAGCGGGGACCUGGUGGACGGUUUCAGGGCGUUGAGGGCCUUUGAGGAUGUGGACGUGUCGGGGGCCGGCUGGUGUCUGUGUCUCCCCAGGGAGGGGGGGUACCAGCCGCUGGACAUCGGAGCCAAAGACUACCUCUCGGGGGAGGAGUGGUGACCCCCA